AUGCCACAUACAGCCAGAAAACUACCAUCCUCAGCUUUAACCAUGACCCCAACGAAACAGCAUCUAUUUCGAUCGACCUUAACUCAGGCAUUUCUGGUUGGCUUUUUGUCAUUCACACAGCCUGGCAUCUACGCUGCAAUUGCAAAUCUGGGAGCCGGGGGCCAGGCAACCACAAAGACAUGGAAUGUGUCGACGGUCAUUCUGAACGCAAUGGCGGUGAUUUUAGGGCCCAUAUCCGCACUUUUUGCCAAUAGGUUUGGUCUAAGGCCGACAUUAUUUAUUGGAUGCAUAGGACACACGAUCUACUCUGCGUCGCUGUACUAUAACACCAAGACGGGAGACCAGGCAUUUAUUUUGGUCGCGUCUGUGCUUCUAGGAAUCUCUGGGGCCGCUUUCUGGAUGUCUGAAGGAGCCAUUGUGAUGAGUUAUCCGGAGAAAUCGAGAAAGGGUCUCUUCAUUGGCAUAUGGCAGAUGCUGAACAAAUUUGGAGGAGUGAUAUCCGGUUCAGUCGUGUUUGCCAUGAACCACAGUGGGAAAAAAAAGGGUCAAGUAAGUCUUAACACAUACAUAGCUCUGUUCUCAAUCCAGUGUACUGGUCCGUUCUUUGCGCUGUUGCUGUCGCCACCAGAGAAGGUGAUUAGAAAUGACAAUACCCGUGUCGAGACAAACGUGGUCAAGGAUGGGCUCGAACAAAUGGGCAAACGAUAUUUUGGCCUGCUGAGAAAAAAAGAGAUCAUACUUUUGCUCCCGAUCCUCGUAGUCAACACAUGGUACAAAACAUGGCAAAGCAACUUUAUGACACACAAUUUUUCAGUCCGGGCAAGAGCGUUGAACGUUCUUCUGACUGCCCUGAUUGGGGGCGUUGUGGACGUAGCUGGAGGUGCUUUUCUUGACUGCCAAAAAAUAUCUGUUAGUUCGCGAGCCAAGAUAUCUUGGGUUUUUAUCGUCGUCUUCGAAACGGGGUUUUACAUCUGGGGUUUUAUCGUGCAAAGAAACCUGACUCAUAGCACAGACGCUCUUGACUGGUCGACAGGAAACUACUACUACGACACGUAUGUGCCAAUGCAGAUCUUCAAAAUUCCAACCGAGUUUGUGUUCAAUUGGGUGUUCUGGGUGGUGAGUGUGCAAGAAUUUAGCUCCGAGGAAAAUGUCUAUAUUUCCGGUCUUAUCAGAGCAAUCGAGUCCUUUGGGUCGAUGCUGUCUUUUUUGGUGGGAGUCACGAAUAGCAACGACAUGGUCAAUCUGUCUGUGGCCGCAAGUGUUUUCUGGGCUGCUGUACCAAGCGUAACAUAUUUGAUUCUUAAGAUUAUCGGAACCACGCACAAUAACCCUGAAAGUGUUAUUGUUCAGAACAAGAGUGGCGAAAUUGUUGAAACUACAGCGGAAAUUCAGUAA